UCAAAGGGACUGUCACUUGGGGAGACCUUUGAACAAAGGCCAGUAGUAAAGUCGGUUGAAAGAAAACACUCCGAUUAUUAAGCAGAAAUUCCCAGUACAGCAUUAUCGCAACAAAUAGCAAAGUCAAUUGGGAAUUGAACAAAUAUCUAGUGUAAUGAAUUUUAACGACAACGCGGACAGCUCGACAGGUAGCCAAAUUGGCAAGCAAAAAGAUUUGAAGUCGCCAAAAAGGGCUAUGGAUGGAGUGACCAAAAAAACCAAGAAGAAUCUGCCGAAGAAGACCACUAUGGCGCGGUCAAAACUGAAAAUCAAGGCCUUGAUAAAGAAAAGAGUUCAAAUGGCGCAGAAACGGAAGCUAGCACUUAUGACAUCCGCCAAGGAUAAAUCACUGCAGCUGAAGUCCAAACGUAAAGUCAUUGUGGUGGAGCCCUCUUCGAAGUCCAUGCGGCCCAAGAUGAUUAGCCGGCGCCCCACUCCGUUGCCCCGUCCGCGAAAAAAAAGGGAAAGUCGUGCAACGACCUUGCCAAAAUAUAUUCCCCUGUGUCAGAAAAAACACCAUGUCGUCCACGAAAAAUCCUCCGAAGGCUGAUAGUAAUAUAUUAUUAUAUUUGCAACUAAUAUAAUUGGAUGGCGCAUUCAAAUUUUCGUACCCAUCUCUUCUGAUUAUCAUAGUCUGCUCACAUAUUGAAUUCUCCAAACUCAAUUACAAUAAAUUCCAAUUGCGAUCGAUA